AUGCCCUUCCGCCUGAAGCUGCGGCGCACGCGGCGCUACAACGUCUUGAGCAAGAACUACUUUGUGACGCGCAUUCGCUUGCUGGACAACAACGUGAUCGAUUGCACGCUGUCGGUGGAGAGCACGGGGCAGGAAUGCCUGGAAGCUGUGGCGCAGAGAUUGGAACUACGUGAGACUCCCUACUUUGGCUUAUGGUUCAAUGGGAAGACCCAAGCUCCUGCUCAACGUUGGGUGGAAUUAGAGAAGCCCCUCAAAAAGCAGCUGGACAAGUUCGGCAAUGAGCUCAACGGCAAUGAACUCUUCUUUGGGGUCAUGUUCUACGUGCCGAGCGUGUCCCGAUUGGAGCAGGAAGCCACCAGGUAUCAGUAUUACCUUCAGGUGAAGAAGGAAUUGCUGGACGGACGUCUCCACUGCACGGUGGAGCAGGGAAUCAGACUAGCCGGCCUAGCAGUACAAGCUGAUUUCGGGGACUUCACUCAGUUCACGUCUCAGGACUUCCUCAGGGAGUACGUGCUCUUUCCAGUGAACUGGCCUCAUGGAGACGAGGUGCUGGAGGAGUGGACUCAGAAGGUCGCCGAAGAGCACAAGAGCCACUGUCGAAUGCAGGCGGCUGAAGCGGAGCUUUUGUACAUCAAGGAAAUCGAGAAACUGGACGGCUUCGGGCAGGAAAGUUUCGCGGCAAAGGACAACUACACAAACGACAUUUUCAUCGGCAUGUCUUUCAUCGGCGUCUUUGUCAAACACCGAAACGGCAGAUCUAUCAUGCUUCACAGGUGGAAGGACAUCGGUACUAUCGCGCACAAUAAAUCGGCCAUUACGGUGGAGAUCACCAGUCGGGAUGACACCAUCAUCUUUCACAUGGAGGAUAUGGAAAUGGCCAAGUACAUCGCUCGCCUGUUCACGGCCAGACACAAGUUCUACAAACAGAACAAGAUUUGCGCAGAGCCGACACAUUCCCCCGCACCAAUCAGGAGACGACCUACCUGGACGCAUCGUCUCUCGCUGCCUCGACCGCCGUCCUGCAACUUCCAGACUAUGCAUUCCCAGUACGGAGAACAUUUCCAAGACACAAAGAGCUCUCAAGACAGCAUCUUCCACGACGACCCCUACUACAAAUCGGAGAGCAGCCUCGACCACUGCCAAGUGGAUUUCCCCUUCCGCAACGGCACUUUGCCCAACGGCAGCAUGUACAGCAGCCCUAGCUUGAGCUCCCUCAACCACUCGCAGACGUUCGUGCAGCCCUCGCCCAUGUCGUCCAACCUGAGCAUCCCGGGCAGCGAGCUGAUGCGGCCCGACUACAUCCCCAGCCACCGGCACAGCGCCAUCAUCGCGCCGUCAUACCGGCCCACGCCAGAGUACGACGCCGUCAUGCGGCAGAAGCGCCGCUUGCUGCACCCGCACCACGACCUCCACAGCCAGUCGCUGCGCAGUCUCAAUAUUAGUAACGCGUGCGCUUAUCGUCAGCCCGAGGCACUGGUGUACAGUCAACCGGAAAUGAGGGAACGAGGGCCUUAUCACGGAUUGGGACCGAGCCCUGGACCCUACACGCAGAAAAUUAUCGCACCUGCCAGCAGUAAGGGUCCUUGUCACUCGCCUUGCAUCAACGGAGGCGGCGGAAGCAACAGCGGCGGCGUAGGAAGCUCAAUCUCUCACACGGUGAGCACGCCCGAGCUAGCCAACACCAAACAACAAGGCACCAACUCGGGUAACUACCCCGCCACGGCUCACGUGGUGCGCAACCACGUAUCCCGACCUCCUCCGCCGUAUCCCUCCACGCCCUUCCGGCCCGCCACCAGCACACCGGACCUGGCUAGCCACCGUCUGCGUUGCAUCGGGGGCAGCAGCCCGGAGCUGGUCACCCGCAUGGUGCAGCUGUCCGUCAAGACCUUUCAGCCGGACAGCUCGGCGGUGGUGCACCAGUCCCUGCAGGAGGUCAGCGAGCCGCUCACCACCACCGCCGCCAAGCACCGCUCCACCUUGGGGAAGAGGCACAGCAUGGAGGUGAUCACCAGCAUGAGAGGAGGUGGGAUGGAAGCCAUGGUGAUGAAGGGCAUGAACGCUCCCCUCCAUCGGAGGAAUACUCUCCGAGAGCACGUUUUGCCUCCGCAACCGCACCCACCGCCGCCUCAGCCAUCCAAAGAAUUGCCUAUCCCGUUGCCUCCUCAAAAGGAGCCCGGACCGGCGCCCGCCGUAGCGUACCAGCACCAGAAGACCCUCUCCAACGCCACCAUGCUGAUCCACAGCAGUGAAAGCGAGGAAGAAGAGGAGGAAGAAGAAGAAGAAAGACCAGAGCUGGAUGUUCAAAUCCCAGGUCUCAACGAGGACAUUAGCAUUAGCGCUCAGUUGCAGGCCGCUUUAGCCAAACUGCCCAACAAGCCUCCACCGGAAUACCCUGGCCCACCUAGGCCUCCCAGUAACAUCUCACUCCACAACCACACACAUCACCAAUCACAAUCCAACACCGCACCCCACCCUCGUCGCGGCCGACUCCGGCGCAGUCCCGGCAAUAGCGGGACUCUGACGCGAGGGGACCAGGGUCAAGUCAACGGCAACGUUUUGGGGCCGUCCAUUUCGGAACCGGAUCUGACCAGCGUGAAGGAGAGGGUGAGGAAGGAGCCGGUGAAGGAGAGGCCCGUUUCUGAGAUGUUCUCUUUGGAGGACAGCAUCGUGGAGAGGGAGAUCGCGCAGAGGACUUUGGAGAGACAGAAGAUGUCGGUGGACUCCAUGAAGAGGCCGCUGAUGAUGGCCGCCCUCAACGGCCUUUACGUGGCCCGCAUGCCCGUCCCCGAGUGUCCGGCGGAGGACGGCGCUAAGGCCGCCACUGACGAGCGGUGUAAGAUGUUGGAGCUGAAACUUGAGGAGGAGCGCGUCUUCACCGAGUACGAGCAAGUCCCCAAAAAGCGUGCGGACGGCGCCCUGACCACGGCCGCGCUCCCCGAGAACGCCGAGCGCAACCGCUUCCGCGACGUGGUCCCUUACGAGGAGAACCGAGUGGAGCUCGUGCCCAACAAGGAGAACAACACCGGAUACAUCAACGCGUCCCAUAUCAAGGUUACCAUCCGAGGGGAAGAGUGGCACUACAUCGCCACUCAAGGCCCGCUAGCUAACACCUGCGCCGAUUUCUGGCAAAUGGUGUGGGAACAAGGCGUCAACGUCAUUGCCAUGGUUACGGCUGAAGAGGAGGGCGGACGACCCAAGAGUCACCGCUACUGGCCCAAACUGGGCUCCAAGCACAACUCGGCCACGCACGGAAAGUUCAAAGUCACCACCAAAUUCCGCACAGAUUCGGGCUGCUAUGCCACCACAGGCCUGAAAGUCAAACACCUGCUAUCGGGCCAGGAGAGAACCGUGUGGCACCUCCAGUACACGGACUGGCCAGAGCAGGGCUGCCCCGAAUACGUUCAGGGCUUCCUCUCUUACCUGGAGGAGAUCCAGUCAGUGAGGAGGCACACCAACUCCAUGCUGGACACCUCCAAGAGCCUCAACCCACCCGUUGUGGUGCACUGCAGUGCAGGCGUAGGCCGGACUGGCGUGGUCAUUCUCACAGAGUUGAUGAUCAGCUGCCUGGAGCACAACGAGCCCGUGGAGAUCCCCACCAUGCUGUCAGGUCUGAGGCAACAAAGGAUGCUGAUGGUCCAAACCAUCUCGCAGUACAAGUUCGUCUACCAGGUUCUCAUCCAGUUCCUCAAGAACUCUCGCCUCAUUUGA